AACACACCUUUCUGAGAGCUCAACAUGCAGAAGAGAAUUGCGCCCGAGCGGCGUCCCUACUGCGACAAGCGGCUGCAGGAUGACCGCGUGAGGCGGCGGCGCACCAUGCACCUGGUGCACGUCUCGCAGGCGCACAAAAAGACCGCCAAGCGGCCACUCAACGAUUGCCCCUUCUACAGCAUGACCUAUGGCUUCGAUGAGCUGCCCCUGGACCCAGUAAAGGAGUUCCUAAAAGAGAAGAUCUCGCACAUGCAGAAUGACAACAUUGUGGGUCGCUGCAAUCGCGAGUUUGACUUUCACUCGUACAACCUCGAAUAUGUAAAGGAUCAGUAUGUGGAGUGCGACGAUGACAGCCUGCAGGAGCUGCAACUGGAGGACAUAGUCAUGCCCGAACAGUUCGAGAUGCUGCGCGAUGCCAAAAAUCAUUCCUACAACUUUAAUCAAACGGCCUGCAAUCAAUUUCCCUGGAUUGACAAAUGGAUGACUGGCGUGCGGCCCAGCGAGCAGGAAAUCUAUGAAAUGACCAGCAACCUGCUGAACAUUUACUGCGAGCGGCGUGUCAGGAUCUUCUACUUUGACUGCGGCACAAGGUCCUCGCUGUGGACGAAUCAGCUGAGACGACAGCAUGGUUCGCCCUCGGAUUUAAUUGCCGCCUACCGAUCGCCGGCAGCCAGACAUUUGCGCGUCAAAUCGCUGCAGAAGAAGCCCAAGAAGGAGAAGUUCAAGGCGGGCGAUCAUUAUGCACUGCGCACACCUCAGGAGUGCCGCAACGAACUGAUACGCAUGGGCAAGGUCAUAGAUAAACUGAUAGAGCCCGUGAUGAAAGAGGCCAAGUACAACAUUGAUCACGAUCUGCUGCAUUAUCCCGAUCCGCCCAGCUGCAUGGAGCGACAAAGGAAAGAGAGAAAAAGACUGCCCUGCAAAGUGGGCAAGAAGCUGAUAUGUCGCGAGGAUUUCAUGACCAAUGAGGAGUUUCUCCUUUGCCUCAAGAAAAUGGAAGCCACUCGCUUUGCCUACAUGUCGCCGCUGCUGCCCGUGGAUCCCGAGGAACAGAAGCGUUCCAUGCUGGCCAAAUAUAAGCAAUCCUUCGACGAGGCCACAGCCAAGUUCACUUUGAAGAUAGAAAAACGCUACAAAUGUCUAAUGAAAAGUAUGUCUAUACUGCAGCUGGAGACGUAUCCAUCGAGACUCAUACGCAAGGCGCUGAGAUUCAUCGAUGCCAAGUCCCCGCUGCUUCGGGAUGCCUGGAGAUUCAUACUCCAAGAAGAGCAACAUUGGCCCGAACUGCCGCCAGAAGUUAUAUUAAUGGAUUAUCUGUUUGUGGGCGACCGCGGCGUCCGCCAGGACUUGGCCAUUCUCAUCAUUGUGUGCCUCAUCGAUCUGCAGGAGGAUUUUCGCUAUCACGUCAAGCGCACGUUCCUGCGCUAUCUGCUGCAAUCCACCAUGGAGCGUCGCCGCCUGCAGCUGGAAAUGGAUCCGCCCGACUAUCCAUACCUCACGAUCAUCCCACCCGUGCCCUGGCGCUCCAAUCUGCUGAUGGGCAAGAGUCGCAUCAGCGAGCUGCUCAUGGUCUCCCAUCCCGCAGUGCAGGCACUGAAUCGUCUCUGGUAUGAUCUCUACGAUGAUCUGGUGGUGGUGGAUCUGGCGCAGCUGCUGCUGGUGCAACGACCCCUGGAUGCCGACACAGUCAAUGCUUUUAUUCAGAAGAGCUGCAGCGAGGUCAGAGAUCUACUCAUCAAUGACUGGCUGCCUCGCUGUGCGGAUCUGAUGAACGACAUGCGUGCCACGUGGAAGGAUAUGGUGCCGAUGUAUGGCAAGUACGGUGGCCGUGCGGCCAUUCUCUUUCGCUGCAUUCACGGCCUAAUGUCGCGGCAUUUGAACGGUUUGAUCAGCAAGAGCAUCAACUAUCUGUUCAAGGUGCUGUGCGCCUUCAAGAAUGGCAACGGCAUCGACAAGUACUCCAUGUUCGAUCCCAAUCUCCGUCGCACACCGCUGAUGACGCUCAUUGCGUCCGUGGUGGGCGCUCACUUUGACAACGAACCCAUUGAGAUGGGUCCCGGCGUGCGGCCACAUGCGAAUAUUUAUGUGUUUGAUGAGGACGAUGCCGAUCCGUUCCAGCUGCCGCUGGUCAAUGUCUUUGUGGACAUGUCGCCCGAGGUGGAUGAUGUGGCGCAGUUCGAGAUGGAUCACAGCCACAAGCUGUACAUUUAUCCCUACAUGAACGAGCUGCCGCGCAUCUUUACGGAUCACUUUAAGGCCAUUCUGGCCGUGGGCUAUGAAAUACCACGCCUCGAAUUUCUCAUGUCUGGCGGAGAUCCCGAAACGAAGGGAUUUCUGCACUUUAUCGAUGAGGAUCACGAUGAUUUCCUGGAGCUGUGCCAAAAGGUCGAGGAGAUUGUCAAAGUCAAUUGGCGCGGAGUUCAUGUCUAUCUGAAGCCCAUCUACAAGUAUUAUUAUGGACUCUUUCAAAAGCUGAUCAUGCCCAUGGUGGAGAAGACGUGGACGGAUAAUGUUUUGCCUGAUUUAGUGGUUGUCCAAGAGCUGUUGAAAAAACUGCGAGCCGUGAUCGAUACGACCUAUUAUCUGCGCGAUUUCAUUCCGCUGAACCUGUUCAUGCUGGAUAACCGUCAUGUGAAGCUAUCGCUGCGAAUGUAUGUGCAGACCAUCUACGAUUUCAUAAUUGAUUUUUAUAAAGCCCUCAAUUGGAACGAGAAUCGAGCCAUCUGCGAGGAGCUGGAGGAAAUGUCCAUGAAGGCCGGCGAGCGGCCAGAGGAGACACCGGAGGUGGUGGCGCUGCAGAACUACAUCAACGAGUGUCGGGAGAUGCGCAUAUUUGCCAUAAAGGAUGAAAUCAAGAACGUGUUGAAGCGCGUCGUCUUCCUGCUGACACACACAUACCUGUCCAGCGACGAAAUCCAUCUGAAUACGCGCACAUUUAUCCUGCCCGGUGAGCUGGAGGAGGUGCUGGAUCUCAGUGCCGCUCGACUGGCAGUGGUCCGUGAUAAUCUGGAGGCGGCCUUGCGCGAGCGGCGUGCCGAGUUCGAGAAGCUGCUGGCCCAGGAGAAGCGCACAAUGGAUGGCUUCCGCAUUCGGGAAAUACGCGAUGUCCUCACGCUGGAGGAGCUCAAGGAGCGGGUGGAUACGGUCGAUAUGCUCUUCACGACCAUUGAGAAUCUAAGCCGCGAGGCAAAGGCCAUCAAUGUGGAGGAGUCGCUGCUGCAGAUUGAUGUCUCCGCCUUCCCCCUGCUGGCGGAGAUCAUUGAGAAAAUGGAACCAAUCGAGAAACUGUGGAAGACAUCGUACGAAUUCGAAAAGGAUUAUCUCAUUUGGAUGUUCGAGCGCUUCGAAUGCCUUAAUGCGGAUGGCGUGCGGGAGCAAGUGGAGAAUAUGCACAAGAUUAUGUACAAGUUGUCCCGCCAGCUGGCCUACAAUCCGGUGGCCAAGCGAGCCGCCGAACAGAUGCGCAUGAAAAUCGAAAAGUUUCGCGUCUAUUUGCCUGUCUUGGACUCGAUUUGUCGGCAUGGACUGGAGAAGCGGCACUGGGAGCAGAUAUCCAAGAUACUGGGACGCAAGGUGAAUCCGAAGCUGUUCCCCUCGCUCAAGGACAUGAUCGAUGCAGACAUUAUGAGCAUACUGCCGCAGCUGGAGGAGAUUGCCAAUGCAGCGGGCAAGGAGUACGACCUGAACAUGGGCCUGAAGAACAUGCAAGCGGACUGGCGGGAUGUCAUGUUCGAUGUGCUGCAGUACCGCGACUCGGACACGCACAUCCUGGCGAGCAUCGAUGACAUACAGACACUGCUGGAUGAUCACAUCAUGCGCACGCAGGCCAUGAAGCGUUCGCCGUUCAUUGUGGCCCUGGGCUCCAAGGCGGACGACUGGGAGGCCCGACUGCUGCUCAUCCAGAACAUCAUCGAUGCGUGGACACAGGUGCAGGUGACGUGGAUGUAUCUGGAGCCCAUAUUCAGCUCGGAGGAUAUCAUGCGGCAGAUGCCGCUCGAGGGACGCAACUUCAAGGCGGUGGACAAGACCUGGCGGCGCAUCAUGAAGCACACGAUGAAGGAUCGCCAUGUAAUGGCAGCCACCGAGUACCCCGAGAUGCUGGAGAUCUUCACCAAGGCCAUUGAGGAUCUGGAGACGGUGCAGAAGGGCCUCAACACGUACCUCGAGCAGAAGCGUUUGUUCUUUGCGCGCUUCUUCUUUCUGUCCAACGAUGAACUGCUGGAAAUCCUCUCCGAAACGAAGGAUCCCAUGCGCGUGCAGCCGCAUCUGCGAAAGUGCUUCGAGGGGAUUGGCACUCUCACCUUUGAUGACCAAAUGGAGAUCACGGAGAUGAUUAGCGACGAGGAUGAACGCGUCUCUUUGGUGCGCAAAAUCAAUCCCCAAGCGGCCAAUGGCUUGGUGGAGAUCUGGCUGAAGGAGGUGGAGAUGGUGAUGCUCGAGAGCGUGAAGGAGCAAAUGCGCGAGGCCUGGGAGGACUAUUCAUUGGUGGAGCGCAUUGCCUGGGUCGUGGCCUGGCCCGGACAGGUGGUGCAGGGCAUUUCCUGCAUGGCCUGGACCUAUGAGGUGGAGGAGGCCAUUGAGACGAGGACGCUGCCGGCUUAUUUGGAGAAAUCCAAUGGCCAGAUUGCCGACCUGGUGCAGCUGGUGCGCACGGAUCUGCAGGCUGGUGUACGCAUAGCAGUGGAGGCGUUGAUUGUCCUGGAUGUUCAUGCACGCGAUGUGGUCAAAUAUCUAACGGAUACGAAGGUGGCCAAUAUACAGGACUUCGAUUGGAUCUCGCAGCUGCGCUACUACUGGAAGGUCGAUGAGAAAAACGAGGAUUGGGUGUGCGUCAGCAUGGUCGUCACAGAUGUUAAAUAUGGCAUGGAAUAUCUGGGGAAUCUGCCGCGACUGGUGGUCACUCCACUAACAGAUCGCUGCUACCGCACUUUGAUGGGCGCCCUCAAGCUGUGCCUGGGCGGUGCGCCCGAGGGCCCUGCCGGCACGGGCAAAACCGAAACCUGCAAGGAUCUGGCCAAGGCUGUGGCCAAGAAGUGUGUGGUCUUCAAUUGCUCCGACGGUCUGGACUACAAGGCGCUGGGCAAGUUCUUCAAGGGACUGGCACAAUCGGGCGCCUGGGCCUGCUUCGACGAGUUCAAUCGCAUUGAGCUGGAAGUGCUGUCGGUGGUGGCGCAACAGAUCCUAACCAUACAGCGGGCCAUCGGACGCAAGGUUGUGAAAUUCUUUUUCGAGGAUACAAUGCUCAAACUGGAUCCGACUUGUUCCAUAUUCAUAACCAUGAAUCCCGGCUAUGCCGGUCGCACAGAGUUGCCGGACAAUCUGAAAGUUCUGUUCCGCACGGUGGCCAUGAUGGUGCCGGACUAUGCCAUGAUCGGGGAGAUCACUCUGUACUCCAAUGGCUUUGACAUGGCACGCAAUCUGUCGCAGAAGAUCGUCCAAGCCUACAAGCUGUGCUCGGAGCAGCUAUCAUCGCAGUCCCACUACGAUUACGGUAUGCGCGCCGUCAAGUCCGUGCUGCUGGCCUCCGCAUCGCUGCGACGCCUCUACGUGGACCUGCCGGAGCCGGAGAUUGUUUUGCGUGCCAUUGUUGAUGUCAAUUUGCCGAAAUUCCUCGAGCAGGACAUUUCCCUCUUCAUUGGCAUCUACAUGGAUCUCUUUCCCGGCGUCACACUGCCCAUGCCGCAACGCGACGAUAUACUCAAGUGGCUGCACAUCAACCUGGAGGCGAGGAAUCUGCAGGCGACACCCUGGUAUUUGGAGAAAAUUCUGCAGAUAUACGAGAUGCUGCUGGUGCGGCACGGCCUCAUGAUAGUCGGUGGCUCGAUGGGUGGCAAGACCACCGCCUACCAGAUGCUGGCUUUGACGCUGAAAAAUGUGUCGGCGGAUGAUGAGGCGACAUUGCGCGAGUAUCCGGUCGUGUUUCGCAUCAUCAACCCCAAGGCCAUCACCAUGGGCCAGCUGUACGGCCGCUUCGAUCCCAUCUCGCACGAAUGGUCCGACGGUGUGCUGGCCAAGACAUUCCGCGAGCAGGUCCAGGGCCCACGCAACGAGCGUGCCUGGGUCAUGUUCGAUGGCCCCGUCGAUGCGGUGUGGAUUGAGAAUCUCAACACGGUGCUGGACGACAACAAGAAGCUCUGCCUCAUGUCCGGCGAGAUCAUGCAGAUGACAAAGCUGAUGAAUAUGAUGUUUGAGCCCGCGGACCUCGAGCAGGCUUCCCCCGCCACAGUCUCGCGCUGCGGCAUGAUCUAUAUGGAACCAUCGCAGCUGGGCUGGCGCGCCUUCCACAAGAGCUUCAGCAAUGUCCUCGUGAAGAUUGUGGGCCUCAACGAGAUCUACAUGACGCUCUUCGAGGACAUGGUCGAGUGGCUGAUACCCGCCGCCCUGGACUUUCUGCCGCAGUGCAAACAAAUGCUGGAACUGUCGCCGAUGUAUCAGUACCAGACAUUCUCCCGCUUCUUCCUGCACUUCCUGGACAAGCACAAAGUGUUCACGCAGGUUUGGUUCCAGCAGAUGUUCCUCUUCUGCUAUGCCUGGGCCUACUGUUCGGCGUUGACCGGCGCCGGGCAGCGCACCUUUGACGCACUCCUUCGCAAGGUGAUCUACGGAUCGAGCGAGGAGUAUCCCAAGCCCAAGUAUUUCUCACUGAAUCGCGGCCAGAUGUUCCCCGAGAAGCUGCUGUUCCUCGACUAUCGCUUCGAUGAGGCCGAGAACUGGUGGACGUGGCAAAAGUCCACGGAUGAUCCGUCCUCUGCGAUUCACAACUUUCCCGAUGAGGCGCAAAUCAGCGAACUGAUUGUUCCCACCAAGGAGACGGGUUAUAUUUCGUAUUGGCAGGACUUUUGCAUCUCCAAAUCGUAUGGCAUGAUGGUCAUUGGACCCACGGGCACUGGCAAGAGCGCCAUCAUCACCAGCAACCUGCUGGCUCUGCCCAAAUUCGCGAAUAUGGUGAACAUUAUCAACUUUUCGGCGCGCACCUCGGCACAAAUGGUGCAGGACACGAUCAUGAGCAAGCUGGACAGACGCCGCAAGGGUGUCUAUGGGCCAUCGCUGGGCAAGAAGUGCACUGUUUUCUGUGAUGAUGUGGCCAUGCCCUCGAAGGAUACGUAUGGCUCACAGCCGCCGCUGGAGCUGCUGCGCACUUGGCUGGAUCAUGGCUAUUGGUCGGAUCUGGUGGACACCACCAAAAUCGAACUGGUGGACAUGACUCUGAUGUGCGCCAUGGGCACUCUGGGUGGCAGCAACUUCAUUUUUCCGCGUCUCUAUCGCCACAUGUUCGUGGUGGCUGUCGAUUCCUUUGAGGACUCGACCAUCGUUCGCAUAUUCACGGCAAUUGGUGAUUGGCAUUUCGCCAAGGGUUAUCCCGACAAGGUGGCACUGCUCUCCCGUGGCUUGGCCGAGGCAAUGGUCAGCGUUUAUCGCGAGGCAAUACGCACCCUGCUGCCCACACCGGCCAAGUCCCACUACUCGUUCUCCCUGCGCGACAUCACGCGUGUCUUCCAAGGCAUCGUCAUGGUGCCCGCCAAGCGGAUGCCCGACCCGGAGAAGCUCGGACGCCUGUGGGCCCAUGAAACUUAUCGCGUAUUUUAUGACCGUUUGGUGGACCAACGGGAUAGGGAUCGACUGCUUAUCAUGGCCAUUGAUGCCUGCAAGACAUGUCUGCGCUUCCCCCUCGAGCAGGCCUUUGCGGAACGCAUCGAACCGGGCGAGAAGCUGAGCGACAAUGAUGUACGAAAUCUAUUCUACGGCAACUACAUGGAACCGGACGCAGAGCCAAAGUUCUACGACGAGGGCGAGAGCUACGAGAAGCUGGAGAAGCUCAUGAAGUACUAUCUGCGGGAGUACAACUCGUUUUCGAGCACGCGGAUGGAUUUGGUCAUGUUCCGCUUUGCCAUUGAGCAUGUGAGCAGGGUCUCCCGUGUGCUGCAAAUGCCUCGUGGCAACAUUCUGAUGGUGGGAAUGGGCGGUUCGGGGCGUCGCAGCUCCUGUCGCUUGGCUGCCUACAUUGCCGACUGCCGCCUGAUGACGGUGCAGGUGUCCAAGAGCUAUACGAUUACCGACUGGCGGGAUGAUCUCAAGAAGAUACUCAUGUCGGCCAGCUUCAAUCUGAAUCACACCGUUUUCCUCUUCUCCGACGCUCAGGCAACGGAUGAGGGCUAUGUGGAGGAUAUCAAUGGCAUACUUAAUACCGGUGAUUUGCCAAAUCUCUACCAGCUGGAGGACAAGGCAACCAUCAUGGAGAACAUGGCGAAUGUUGCCAAGCAACUGGGCCGGAAUCUGGACCCGUUGCCGAGCGAGGUGUAUGCCUACUACAUCGACCGUAUACGUGAGCAGCUGCACAUUGCCUUGGCCUUCUCGCCCAUCGGUGACUCCUUCAAGGAGCGCAUUCGUGUGUAUCCCUCGCUGAUCAACUGCUGCACCAUCGACUGGUACAUGCCCUGGCCGGAGGAGGCACUGGCCCGCGUUGGCACCUACUUUGUCAGCUCCAUGAAGCUGAAUCGACCGCAUGACGAGGCCGAGCAGGCGGAGCAGGCACAGGCACAGCCACCGCGUAUCUCCGAUGAGUCUGCUCAAAGCGGAGAGGCGCACAGGGAGAGCGUCGAGGAGGAUCGCGAGCUGACGCAGCUGGAGAACGAUCUCGUGGACUGUGUCAUGUUCUUCCACCAGUCGGUGGUGGAUGCCAGCGAAAAGUGCUACCUGGAGCUGGGACGCCGCAACUAUGUGACGCCCUCUGCCUAUCUGGAGCUGCUGAAAGCCUUUCGCACCUUCUACACCCGCAAGCUGGAUGAGAUUACGCGGCUGCGGGAUCGCUACACGACGGGUCUGGAGAAGCUUGACUUUGCCGCCGGCCAGGUGGGCGAGAUGCAGGCGAAUCUCUACGAUUUGCAGCCCAAGCUGAAGGUCUUAUCCGAGGAGACGGACCGCAUCAUGGUGAACAUUGAGCGGGAGACGGCGGAGGCUGAGAAAAAGAAGGAAGUCGUGGGCGCCGAUGAGGCGGCAGCCAAUGAAGCAGCCGCCGCUGCUCAGGCCAUCAAGGAUGACUGCGAAACAGAUCUGGCGGAGGCCAUACCCGCCAUGGAGGCGGCCCUCGAGGCGCUCAACACGCUCAAACCCGCCGACGUGUUCAUUGUCAAGUCCAUGAAGAAUCCUCCCUAUGGCGUGAAGCUCACCAUGGAGGCGGUUUGUGUGCUCAAAGGCAUCAAGCCUGAUCGCAAACCAGAUCCAAGUGGACACAUGGUGGAGGAUUACUGGGGCCCGUCCAUGCGCAUGCUCAGCGACAUGAAGUUUUUGGAUUCACUCAAGACAUUCGACAAGGACAACAUUCCACCGCCCAUUAUCAAGAGGAUAAGAGAGAAAUACAUUGCUGAUCGCGAUUUUGUGCCCGAGAAAAUCAAGGCUGCUUCCAUGGCCUGCGAGGGCAUCUGCCGUUGGGUGCGUGCCAUGGAUGUCUACGACAAAGUGGCGCGCAUUGUGAUGCCCAAGAAGGCCGCCCUGGCCGAGGCCGAAGGCGAACUCUCGCAGCAAAUGGAGAAGCUGAAUGCCAAGCGGGCGGAGCUGCAAGUUAUUCUCGACAAGCUGCAGAAGCUCAACGAUUUCUUUGCGGAAAAGUCGCGCGAAAAGAAGCGCCUGGAGGAUGAGAUAGACAAUUGCGAGAAGAAGUUGAACAGAGCGGAGAAGCUGCUGGGUGGCUUGGGCGGCGAGAAGACACGCUGGUCGGAGGCGGCCAAGAACCUGCACGAAUCCAUCAGCAACAUUGUGGGCGAUGUGCUCUUAGCUGGUGGCUGCACCGCUUACCUGGGCUUCUUCACCACCGAGUACCGAGUGAACAUCCUAAAUGAAUGGAAUGCCCUGUGCCUGCAGCGGCACAUACCGUGCAGCGAAACCUUCUCGCUGGCCACCACGCUGGGCCAUCCGAUGACGAUACGCGCCUGGUCGCUGGCCGGACUGCCUGCGGAUAACUUUUCCGUGGAGAAUGGCAUCAUUGUGACCAAUUCCAGUCGCUAUUCGCUGCUCAUUGAUCCGCAGGUUCAAGCCAACAAAUGGAUCAAAAAUAUGGAGAAGAACAACAACCUAAAGGUGGUCAAGCAGAGCGAUUCCAACUACAUGCAGGUGCUGGAGUUGGCCAUCUCCUAUGGCCAGCCCGUGCUCAUUGAGAAUGUGGGCCAGAAACUCGACUCGAAUCUAACGCCCAUUUUGGAGAAGAACAUUAUCAAGCACAAGGGCGGUCUGUUCAUCAAGAGCGGCGACACAAUGAUUGAAUACAAUCCGGACUUUCGUCUGUACAUAACGACCUGUCUACGCAAUCCGCAUUAUCCGCCGGAAGUGAUGGUUAUGGUAACAGUAUUAAAUUUCAUGAUAACGGAACAAGGAUUACGCGAACAAUUGCUGGCGAUUGUGGUGGCACACGAGCGUCCCGAUUUGCAAGAGAAGAAGGAGCAAUUGAUUAUUGAGUCCGCAAGGAAUCGUGAUGCAUUGUACACCAUCGAAUCGAAGAUAUUAGAGGUUUUGUCCACCUCGGAGGGCAACGUCCUGGAGGAUGAGAAUGCCAUCAACAUUCUAUCGUCGAGUAAGAUCCUGUCCGAGGAUAUCCAAGAGAAGCAAGUGAUUGCCGUGGCCACCGAGAUAGAAAUAGACGCUGCCCGGCAGCAAUAUAUACCCGUGGCCAAGCACUCGGCCAUUCUGUUCUUCUGCAUCAGCGAACUGGCCAAUGUGGAUCCCAUGUACCAGUAUUCGCUCUCCUGGUUCCUCAAUCUGUUCGUCAACACCAUCCUGAAGGCACCCAAGUCGGAUAAUCUGGGGGAUCGGCUGACCAAUCUCAACGAUUACUUUACCAAAUCGAUUUACACGAAUGUCUGUCGCUCGCUCUUCGAGAAGGAUAAGCUGGUGAUCUCGCUGGUCAUGUGUUUGGGCAUUCUAGUGUCUCAGGGUCGUCUGGCCAAGAACGAUCUGUUGUUCUUUCUCACCGGAGGCAUUGGCUUCAAGAGCAUUCCACCAAAUCCUCUCAGUGCCUGGCUGCCAGACAAGGCAUGGGCUGGCGCAGUUCGUGCCACGGAUUUGGCGGACCUCAAGAACCUACCGGAAAAACUGCAAAGCAAUGCGGAGGCCUGGAAGGCUUUUUACGAUGCUGCCAGUCCCGACCAACUGCCGCUGCCAGCGCCCCAUAAUGCAGUAAAUGAAAUGCUAUAUCUGAUCGUGCUCAAGGCCCUGCGACCGGAUAAGCUGGUGCCAGCUGUAAGGGCUUUUAUUACGCGCAACCUGGACAGGUCGUUCGUGGAGCCGCCUCCAUUCGAUUUGGGUGCCUCGUUUGCGGAUAGUUCGCCGAAAAUACCGCUGGUAUUCCUGCUCUCGCCCGGAUCGGAUCCCAUGGCCAGCCUCUUCAUGUUCGCCAAACAACGCAACAUGUACGACAAAUUGAAAACCAUCUCGCUGGGUCAGGGCCAGGGACCGCGUGCUGAAAAGAUGAUUAUGGAGGCGGCCCGUCACGGCCAAUGGGUUGUCCUGCAGAACUGUCACGUCGCCUUCAGCUGGAUGGGCGACUUGGAGCGCAUCUGCAAUGAUACGACCCUAACCGAUGGCGCCCACACCGACUACCGUCUGUGGUGCACCUCCUAUCCGAGCGCCGUCUUUCCCGUCUCGGUGCUGCAGAACUCCGUGAAGAUGACAAACGAACCGCCCAAGGGUCUGCGGGCGAACAUGCAUCGCUCCUUCACCUCGGAUCCCCUCAUGCGUGACAAGUUCUUCACGAACGCCUUCCUCUUCUCGGACUCGGCCAACAAGUGCUGGCUUCGUGGCGUCUUUGCCUUGGUCUUCUUCCAUGCUGUCGUGCAGGAGCGUCGAGAAUUUGGUCCCCUGGGUUGGAACAUUCCGUACGAGUUCAAUGAAUCGGAUUUAAAGAUCUCCUUGCUGCAAUUGAAGAUGUUCAUCACACAGAGCCAGAGCAUUCCCUUCCGCGGCCAUGUGUACCUCACAGGGGAGUGCAACUAUGGCGGCAGGGUCACGGAUGACAAGGAUCGACGCUUGAUUCUGUCGCUGCUGAAUAUGAUCUACAAUCCCACAACCAUUGAGGAGGAUAACUAUGCCCUCUCCCAGUCUGGCAACUAUCGUGUGCCCCUGAGUCCCACGCGCCUGAAUUCCAUUGAAUACGUGUCCAGCUUUCCGCUCAGUCCACAGCCAGAGGUCUAUGGCUUGCAUGAGAAUGCGGAUAUCAAUCGGAAUGUCAAGGAAACCAAUGCGCUCAUCGGCGGCGUGCUGCUCACCCAGACCGAUCUGAUGGCCUCCGUGAAGGCCAGUUCUGCGGGUGGCGCCAAGGAGGAUCCCGCCAUUGCCAUUUGCAAGCAGCUGUUGAGCCAGCUGCCGCAGGAGUACGACAUCGAUGAGGUGUCCAAGACCUAUCCCGUGAUCUACACCAACUCGAUGAACACUGUGCUGCGGCAGGAGCUGAUACGCUUCAAUCGGCUGCUCUCGUACAUACGCAAGAGUUUGGUCAACGUCAGCAAGGCGGUGGUGGGACAGAUAGCAAUGAUACCAGAGCUAGAGCGCACCCAUGCAUCGAUGGUCAUUGGCAAGCUGCCGGCGGAUUGGCUCAAGAAGAGCUAUCCAUCGCUCAAGCCAUUGGGCAGCUACGUGAGCGACUUGCUCGCACGGUUGGCCUUCUUCCAGGAUUGGAUUGAGAAGGGUGAACCCACCGUCUACUGGAUAUCUGGCUUCUACUUUACCCAGUCCUUCAUCACGGGCGUUCUGCAGAACUAUUCGCGUAAGAAUCGCUUCCAAAUCGACAUGAUUUUCAUAGAGUUUGCGGUGACCAAGUUUGAGGUGCAAGUCAGUCAGACGCCCGAGGUGGGUGCCUACAUUCGGGAACAAAAAGAGGUCAAUGAUGAGACCAAAUUCAUACAAGGCAUCUUCAUCGAAGGCGCUCGCUGGAAUCGCAAGACCAAGGAGAUAGAUGAAUCCUUCUCCAAGAUUUUGUUCGACACUCUGCCCGUCAUCUAUCUGCGACCUGUGCUCAAGGCCCUGGAGGACAUACCCCGCUCAACGGGCGGUGCCGAGGGCGACACCAUCUACGACUGCCCCGUGUACAAGACGAGCGAAAGGCGCGGCGUGCUCUCCACCACGGGCCAUUCCACCAAUUUCGUGAUGUACCUGCAGCUGAAGUGCUCCCGGACACAAAUGCAUUGGAUUAACAGAGGCACGGCCUGCCUCUGCCAGUUGGAUGAUUAACUGGGAGUGGGAGUGGGAGUGGGAGUGGUAGAUGGGGGACUGGGUGUGCGAUUGGUAUUGGAACUGUGUGCCGGAUGCCCCCUCGUACAGGUUGUGAUCCUUGGCACCCUGGCGCGCUGCUUGGACUGAGGUUGGGGCUUUCCGACUGUCGUCCGGCCUGGACCCCAUCUAUAUGCAGAUAUAUUUUUGCGUGGAUUUUUGUUUCGUUUUCUUGUUCUUUUUUUGUUGCCAAUACUCCACCCAGGAAGCUCAACCCAAAAAGAGUGGAGGGAGAGUGGAGUGGAGUGGAGUCUUGUUUAUUCAGUUGCCCCGUGUUUUCCACAUCCGACAACUGGCAACUGAAACUGGGCCACGGGGCAUGGGGGCAUGGGGACAUGGGUGGCAGCUCAGAGUCCGAGGGCGCUGCGAAAUGAUGAUGAUGAUUGCCAGAUAUAAAUUAAAU